UUUGCGAACUGCUGCAUAUAGAUGAGUCAGUAGCCGGUCUAAGCUGACCCACAGACAUAAAACCAAGGCACUGAGUACCUUCAGCUGGGACAUCCAAACUCUCCAAUCAAAGGUGCAAGGGACUUGCUCACAUCAGUCACCUGGCUACGUUCUUGGGGACCAAGAAAAUGAGUGCUUGCCUCUAUUUUAACCCCAGCAAUCCAUGAGGAAGUGCUAUGCAGCAUACCUGACGUGGGCCACAGGAGCCCAGAGUGAAAGGCUGCACAGACAAUGGUGUCCUUGAGUCUGUUCCUCCCAUUCCUACUAUUCCUGCAGGAGUGGCAGAACUUUGUAAGAUCAGGGCACUGACAGAGAGGAUGUUCAAACAUCUUCGGAAUUGGUUUGUCACUCACAUUUUUGGGCAUUCGCGGCAACGAGCAAGGCUGGUCUCCAAAGAUGGAAGGUGUAACAUAGAGUUUGGCAAUGUAGAUGCGCAGUCAAGGUUUAUAUUCUUUGUGGACAUCUGGACAACUGUUCUUGACCUCAAAUGGAGGUACAAAAUGACCGUGUUCAUCACAGCCUUCUUGGGGAGUUGGUUCCUAUUUGGUCUCCUGUGGUAUGUGGUAGCCUACGUUCAUAAGGACCUCCCAGAGUUCUACCCACCAGACAAUCGUACUCCUUGUGUGGAGAAUAUCAAUGGUAUGACCUCAGCUUUUCUGUUUUCUCUGGAGACUCAAGUGACCAUAGGUUAUGGAUUCAGGUUUGUGACUGAACAGUGUGCCACUGCCAUUUUCCUACUUAUCUUCCAGUCCAUUCUUGGAGUGAUCAUCAAUUCUUUCAUGUGUGGUGCCAUCUUAGCCAAGAUUUCUAGACCCAAAAAACGUGCCAAGACCAUUACAUUCAGCAAGAAUGCUGUAAUCAGCAAGCGUGGUGGGAAGCUCUGCCUCCUCAUCCGAGUGGCUAAUCUUAGGAAGAGCCUUCUGAUCGGCAGUCACAUAUAUGGCAAGCUUCUGAAGACUACCAUCACUCCUGAAGGAGAGACCAUUAUUUUGGAUCAGACCAACGUCAACUUCAUAGUUGAUGCUGGCAAUGAGAAUUUGUUUUUCAUCUCCCCGCUGACAAUCUAUCACAUCAUUGACCACAACAGUCCUUUCUUCCACAUGGCAGCAGAGACACUUCCCCAGCAGGACUUUGAAUUAGUUGUCUUUUUAGAUGGUACAGUGGAAUCCACCAGUGCAACCUGCCAGGUCCGCACAUCAUAUGUCCCCGAGGAGGUGCUUUGGGGCUACCGUUUUGUCCCUAUAGUAUCUAAGACCAAGGAAGGGAAGUACCGAGUGGAUUUUCAUAACUUUGGUAAGACUGUAGAAGUAGAAACCCCUCACUGUGCCAUGUGCCUUUAUAAUGAGAAAGAUGCCAGAGCCAGGAUGAAGAGAGGCUAUGACAACCCUAAUUUUGUGUUGUCAGAAGUUGAUGAAACAGAUGACACCCAAAUGUAGCAGUG